UGCUGCAGCUGCUGCUCGUCACUCAAAAGCCAUGGAUGCAUCUCUUGGUGAUGUUGUAGCUGCUGCCGUUGAGAAAGCUAUGGCAAAAGCCCUUGACACUUUAUUUGUAAACCUGUCAGAGACCAUUGGACAAGUUCUCUCCUCUCAGUUGUCGCAAAUUUUACAUGUUCCUGCUCGUCCAAGUGUUGCCUCUGAAAUCACAGUCUCCGAUGAGAACAUAGAGAAACACGUAUCGGCAGAGAUCUCGCCUCGCAGUACUGAUGCCUCCGAAGCUCCCGCAACUCAUGUAGAACAUGAGGGCUUUCAGAGUCACGAAUCCGGUUCCGAUAGCAUGGAGACCAUGGAUUUGGAUGCUAGAACUUAUAAACGUCGUGCUUCCCCAUUCUCCCCGAGGGCUACUACCCUACACAAACUAAAAGCUAAAAAGAGUGAAAAUAAGAGCUUAUCAAAGGAUGAUUUCCUAAAGGAUAACAUUCUACAAACGGCAGUUAACACUGCCGGAAUAUCGUCAACAUAGGAAGCUUGAAAGUACUGCAGUGGAACUGUCGUUCCAUUUUUGCUGCAGCCGCUGAUCUCUUAUAUCUCUGUGAGGAUCUUUCUCCUGAUUUGAUUAUUCUACAAGAAACUUGGUUAUCCACAGAAAAGAAAUAUCAUUUAAAGAAUUAUCGCAGUUUUCGUCUAGAUCGUCCUUCUUGUAGAGGGGGAUUAGCAUUUUUCAUCUCAACAAAGAUUUGUCAUAGAGCUAAAAUUAGUCACCAGUCAUUCUCCACUGAAAGUGAGAUUCUAGCAUUGGAUGUAACGCUUCCUGGAUGCGCCCCAUUUUCGAUAAUCAAUGCUUAUUUCCCUACAGGAGUCCACAAUACAGGCCCUCUUGAUGCCGCGAUUGCAGCAUGCAGAAAGGAUAUAAUCAUAGCUGGUGAUUUUAAUUCUCACCACGUAUCAUGGGGUUAUCGGUCCGACUCUUGUGGUAAACGAUUGUUAGACUGGGUUUCGUCAAAUAACCUUAAUUGUGUAAAUUCGAGAACCCCAACUUAUGUAUCCGGCACAUCGCGUUCGGUGUUAGACCUCACUUUUUCCAGUUCGGGCUGUGUAAUCUCCUCCUGGUCUGCUAUUACCUCGGCCACAAAUAGCGACCAUCUUCCAAUAACUUUUGAUAUAACGCGCCCAAUUAAUUUGGUUGAAAAACAUGUCCGCACCUAUGUUAACUAUGCUAAAUUUCAAGUUUCGCUGCGAUCAGCUUUAGAAAAACAGGUUGGCCUAAAUGAUGAAGUUAAGGCAGUUAAUUUGUGUCAAGUGCUAAGUGACAGUUAUAAAAAAUGCAAGUUCAGUAUGCAGUCAACAAAAGGUGGUACUUAUUCUCCAUGGUGGAAUCCGGACUGUGCACGCGAAUAUAGAAGAAGAAAGGCAGCCUGGAGAAAGUUACUGUAUAAUCAAUGUCCACGAAAUUGGAAUGACUAUAAGUUUGCUGCAGCUACAUUCAGGCAAACAGUUGAAAAAGCGAAAGAAAAUUAUAACACCAAACAUUACAGUUACCUAUCGCAGUCUAGUAAUAAAAAAGCCCUAUUUCGAUUUCUACGGUCUAAAAAGAUUGUUUCAGCCCCAGUUAAUGUAGAGUCAGUCAGCUUAACUUCCACUGAAUUGGUGCAGUCACUGGAGGAUAUUGCAAAAGGCUUAGAGCACCGAUUCACGUCGCUUCGCCCCUAUCAUAUACCGGCACCUGAACCAGCUAAUGAGUACGUAACGGUCACAUUAGAAGAAUUAAUGAGAGAGGUAAAGAUGCUGCCAGCUUCAGCCCCAGGCCCUGAUGGCAUAACUACAGCAAUGAUAAAAGUAUUAUUCGAAUUGUAUCCCCAGGAUUUGCUUAAUUUUAUAAAUUACUCGAUUAAGAAUGCAUGGAUUCAUCCAGAUUGGAAGGUUGCCAAAAUAAUUCCACUACUCAAAAAGCCAGGCGAUGGAUAUUCAAUAGACAACAUUAGACCUAUUUCCCUGACCUCAAAUCUGGUAAAGUUAAUCGAGAGAGUUCUUUAUGGUCACGUUGAUAGAUGGAUAGGCGAGAACCAAAUAUUAAAUGAUUCUCAAAUAGGAUUCAGGCCCGGCUGCUCAAUUUGGUGUGCUCAUGUUGACUUGGAGAGUAGAAUCCAACUCGCUCGCCGCAACAACCAGUAUGCGGCCCUAGUGACAUUAGACAUUGCGAAGGCGUAUGACAGUGUCGACCACAGUACUUUAAUCAAUAGUCUCAAUAGUGUGAAUCUUCCACAGUAUAUAAUUGCAUGGAUUCAAAAUUUCCUAAGCGGACGAACGUUUUAUUGUUAUCGAAACGGUGUUUCAUCUAAAAGUUACAAACAGACAAGGGGCGUCCCUCAAGGUGCGGUACUUUCCCCAGUACUAUUCAAUAUUCUACUAAAUCACAUCCCGACACAUCAUGACGUACAGGUAUACGUAUACGCUGAUGAUAUCGCAUUUUUCACGGUAUCGAAUGAUAUACAUAGCCUAUAUAAAACUUUGCAGUCGUAUCUGAAUCAGAUUGAAACUUGGCUAAAAGGAAUACAAAUGUCGCUAAAUGUCAACAAAAGUGCGAUCCUUGUCUUUCCCUUGAGUUUUCCUAUCCGAAUAACACUGUCAUAUGGCCAGGAGAUUAUUCCGCAGGUACAUUCUUUAAAAUAUCUGGGCAUGAUUUACACCGAAAAGCUAAAUUGGCAGACACACAUAGAAUACAUCGCAUCUAAGGGAGCACGCGCUCUUGGUUUAUUACGAAGAGUCUGCAGCAGUCGUUUUGGAAUGCGCAGGGAGACCUUGCUGAUGAUUUAUUGUAUGUAUGUCCGCCCCAUUCUAGAGUUUGGAUGCGUGUUAUUUUCAGGAGGUCCUACGUAUAAGUUACGUCCUCUGGUUCUUUUAGAACGCGAAUCACUACGUCUGUGUCUCGGCCUUCCAAAAUUUGUAGCAAAUAAUAUCUUAUAUCAUGAAACUCACCUGCCUUCUCUUCAAACUCGAUUUCGUAUACUGACAGUCCAAACAUUUCUAAACAUCUAUGCCUCUCCCCAGAGACGCUCCUACUAUAUUUUUACUCGAGAACCAACCGCAUUCUUUGAGAAUCAAUGGCCCAGACUGCAUUGUCCCCAGGUUGUUUUUGUGCAGAAACUAUUACAGCCAUUACAAAUAUCAAUCCGUGAUGUGGCUUUUCAAAAUUUACCUACUUCGACAGUAAGUGUUGAAUUUGGCGAUAUAUUUCCCAAUAACGCUAAGCUUCUACCUAUUCGAUACCUAAAAGGUUUAUUAGAUGACCACCUUGAAAACCUCCAAAUAAAUGCAGUAAUAGCCACAGAUGCUUCUGUCAGUGAAGAGAAGGCCGGAGUGGGCAUUUUUUCGACAUCAUUAAAUUGGUCUUUCUCUCUUCGACUACCCGAUUUUACGCCAAUAUUUCAAGCAGAGUUAUUGGCAAUCAUCCUCGCUCUACGCAAACUUCCGACAUCUAUUUCUUCAGCCGUAAUCUUAACCGACUCCUUGUCUGUUUGCUCCGCUUUAUCUGUGCCCAAUUCAAGUAUCAUUCUCCAAGAAUUUCAUUCACUGGUUCCCCAACAUUUACGCCUCAUCCACCUGGUAUGGGUGCCAGGACACGUGGGGCUCACUUUAAACGAGUCAGCAGACGCACUAGCAGCGGCAUCUCUUAAAGGCCCGGUACUGAGGAUCUUAAAACCCUCAGCAUACGUCACUUCUGCAAGAUUUAAAAAAUUUUCCAUCCAAGAAGAACAUGCCAAAUCAUGUGUAUUAGAUAACGUCGAUUUUCAGCACCUUAGAUUUCCUUGGCACAGCGGGUGGUGUGCAACAAGAAAAUUUGAAGUUUCAUUUACGCGUCUGCGUUGCCGAAUACCACGGCUUAAUUUCUAUUCUCACAGGUCUGGUUUGGCACCUUCUCCUAAAUGUUUUUACUGCAAUGAACCCGAAACUAUGGAUCAUUUUUUUAUUGAGUGUCGUAGAUUCAACGUGCAUAGAAAACGACUUCUAGAAGGUCCCUUCCGCCAACUUGGAUUAGCCAUCACGCUACCUAUUAUUCUGUCUCUGGGGGCGUCGGCACUAGGACACUGUAAUAGGAACGUAUGUGAUGCCAUAUAUAAUUUUAUAAUGGAAACAAGGAGACUUCCAUGCUAAAUUUACGGUUUUAUUUUCCAAAACAAGAAACCAAAAAUAUGAACUUGUAAGCUUAAGAAACUAUAUCAUGAAAAUUAUUAUUAACGAUUAGAAUUAAUUUAAUAUCACAUUUUCAUUAAAAAAAAAAUUCCUAUUUAGGUAUUCAUUCUUUUUCAACCCACUGCCGCCCGAUUCAUGGCCAAUCCCCCGUAGUGGGUUGUGCUACAUCUACAGGCUCCAAACCAAACCAAACCAAAUCCGCUGAGUCUGCAUCUGAGUAAGCCAACUAUUCUUCGGGAGAGCUGGAAGGAUGUCGUCCAUUUUCACACGCUUUCCCAGCGAGACUAGCACGUCGACUUUCAUGUCCAACGCUGGGGACACGAGGACCGUAAUCGUGCUCACCUGGUCUGCGUUUAUCCUCGCGUCGCUAAUCUUCGUCUUGGUCUACACUGGAAGAGCCCUGAAACACGACAUAAUAAAGACACAAAUACUCAACGAGACGCCGCUGCACGAGCUUUACGAAGCGUACUCGGCAGUCGGAGCCGGCCUGAACAGCCGCCAGCGCGACCUGCAGACAGGUCCCUGCACCGACAUCAACGAGCAGAAGUUCCUGGCGUACUUUGACUACGAGCUCAAUCUGUGCUCGCGCUUCGUGGGCGACUUGCGCUACUGCCUGGUCGGCGACAACCGCUUCGAGACCAGGGACGACUGCAGGCGCGCUUGCAUCUCUCCCGCCUUCCAGAAGCAUCGCUGCAAGGAGGUUCACUUCGGUUUCUGCUUGGGCCCCAACGACCGAAUGUACAACGUGGUCUUCAGCAACGGCCAGUGCCGCCUCUCUAGGUCCAUCCUCUGCCUCCAAGGGGACAACAAGUUCCUCAACCUUGAGGAGUGCCAGAAGUUUUGCUGCAAGACCUGCAACAGUGAGCACUGCCUGGCACCGCUACGGGAAGGCCAGUGCCUGUCGGCGGACCUCCGCUACCGGUUCUACUUCGACAACAGCACCAACCAGUGCCUGGUGCACCGCGGCGUCUGUCUCAAGGGUCGGAACCGGUACCGGACGCUGGAGACCUGCGCUACGCACUUCCCUCUCAAGAGUGAGGACAGGCUUCGAUGCGCCCGAACACCGUGAAGCGAAGAGCUUAACGUUUUACUACCUAUAGCGUUUUCACAAUUCUAUUUAUCAAAUAAAAUGUUGUUCAGAUGCAAUAAAAUGCCACAUGUUGGUUCCGAGAA